UACUUAAAGGGACUGCGGACAAGCCAGUAAAGUUGGAGUCUUUGGCAAAAAGUGAAAAGUAGACUUGAGUGAGCAUUUGAUGUCACGUGGUAUCUGUCAGCACUGCUGCGUGGAUCUUGACUGCGCCUUUGUUUCCAGAGUGAAAAAUGCCCAUCUUGACCAGCUGUCUUUGUUCAUGAGGUUCUUGGGUCUUGCGAUCUUAGGAUUUCUGCACUGUGGUGUUCAACUAGCCUCAGUGUGGAGUCAGGUCCUCGCUGAAAUAAAAUCUUCUAGGAAUGCAUGUAAAUGCAUUUUCUAACAGUUAGGGGGUGCCUUUUCCUCGUGUAUAAGCUUCCUGCCUAACUUCUGAGCUGCCAGCAAGAAGUGCUCAGGCCAGACUUAAAACUGAUAGUAAUCUCAUGACUCGUACUCCUACACGCUUCUGCUGAAGAUCUCUUGUGGAGGAAGCAUUGAUAUUUUGGCUGGUUUUGCUGAAUAGUAGUCCUGCCAGUUCAGGAGAAAUAGGUUGAAUUCCAGAGAGCUGAGAGCAUUUUAGAAGACGGUACUUCUCCUUCAGAAAGGUCAGUACAGAAUAAUCUGGAAAAAUCAAGACAGAAAGACUCUGUAGGGAAUCAUAGACUUCUUAUUAUAGAACUGUGCUUAUAUCAGGGUGAGAAGGUGGUCCCUGUUAAAUAGUGGUCUUAGGUGUUUACAACUACUUCAAACUUGCCCACACAAGAAAGUUCAAUAUACGUUUUACCUUGGUUUUAGAUACGUUACCUAUCUAAACUGCCAUAGUUUUAUUGGUAUAAUUUCCUUUUUGGUCUUCCUCUCCACCUUGGAGAGGGCCAUGUAACUAUGAGAGCUUUUGAGAAUCUGAAUCCACCUCUCUGAAGAAAAUGUCGUUGCAUGUGCCAGAAAACCAGGGCGAGUCUUGGCAUGAAGGAAGUCGUUCCAAAAGAGGAGACAACUGCAAAACCCACUGUAUGUUUGCACAGUUUGUCAUUGCUCCAGAAACUGAAUAUCAGACUUGGACUUCUGUUGCUUUUAGUACACUGGUCUUGUGUUUCCUUUAAAAUCACUUUCUUUUCCUUUAAAAUCUAGGAAACCACUUCAUCCUAGGAAGCCUUGCCUUGAGAGGGAAGCAAGUGACAAGCUGCUAUGAGAGAAAUCCAGGACAGGCUUUUGCUAGAGGUUUUAAACCCUGUUUAGUAUGUGUCAGAGGCUGAAUGCAGCUGUUUCUUUCCAGGUCUAAAGGGCUAAAUAGGUGAGCGUCUUACGGGAGUUCUGAAGGGGCAUCAACAACCUCUCUACUCCUGACUAAGGAGCAGAUUUCUCUAGAUGCCAGUAGAUUUUCCUGUUCCUGCCUCCAGUAUAUCCUUUCCUUGUGUUUUCACUGGAGAAAGUGGUUCUAAAUUCCAACACGUUCCCAUCUUUUAAUUUUGUUUUGCUCCUUUUUGCCAGUGCUGCCUGAGAGUUACAGUGUGCUGUAGCAUCUAAACUAUUUCCAUCCUCUGUUGCCCUGAUCAUCUGCCUCCCUCGCUAUGAGGAUAUAGGAGAUUAGCUUAUUUACUGAGUGUAAUUCUUGGCCAAAUCCACCGUGGUACAAAUCCACUCCAGAAAGGGCUCCUUCCCACCACUCAGCGACUCCUGUGACAGAUCCAGCAUGUAGUGGAAUUUCCUUCCAUUUGGUGAGGGACUGAGGAUGAGGCAACACAAAACUGUCAUGUGAAGUGAGUAAUGGGCAAUAAGCGAGCGAAGAAAAAAAAGAUGCUUUCUGUUAAGCCAAUGGAUUUUUAGCAGCUCAUUCCUUGUUUUUAUGCUGAAGGUGUCUUUGGAAAUGCUGCUCAGCAGACUUGGCCAGAAGUGAGCUCAUUUCUUAAGGUGACCUUCAUGUUUCAUGCUGCAAAACACCAGGAGUUAAUCCCUCCAAAAUCAGAAUUUAAAUGUAGGAAAUGCCCAUUAGACUGAGCUGAGGAGCAGCACAGGGAACGUGUGUAAAAAGAAAAAAAAAAAAAAGUUCCAGGAUUGAACAGCUUCAAAUUGACCAAUUCCUUUCUUAGGUUUAAUAAUGUUUGAAACUUUUUGUUGUACCCUCUAACCGUAAUUCAUACAAAGGAGCAGCAAGCUGGAAACACUGAAACACCGGGUAGGAUUGUUGGUAGCCGUGCGGUGGUGACCAACCCUCGGGACAGCAGCCUGGCUGACUGAGUUAAACAACUUUAUGGCCCAAGGUCAAGGAGGCGCUCGACGGAAGGGCUCCCGGAGGCAAUACCCACGACGGCCAGGCGCAGGGCUGGGAAUCGGGAGCGCGCCCUGGAGCGGGCUGUGCUACCGAGAAGAAUCAAGGAGAAGAGAUGAGGAGAGGAAGGAGAAAGUGAAAUCGUAAGAUGCUGCCGGGAACUUUGAUCCCUUUCCCUGCACCCCUCUCCUGACAUAGAUAUGGAAGAGGCAUCCCACUCCCUCCGGUGCGGAUCGGCUGGUGCAGGCCCUGAGCCCGGCAGCUGAACGAGAAUGCGAUGCUUGGAGAAGCUUCUGCCCACUUUGUACAGUAAGGAUGGAGAUCCCCAAAGUCCUCGGGUUCCUGGUACUGCUCACGAGCCUCUUACCCUGUCUCAGAUGCGUGGAGGCUUUCCUGGGAUCCCAGCCCAACCAAAACCAUUUGCAGAGUGCAGCGUCCAGCGUGUGUGGUGUCGGGCCUCUUGGGUAUUACAAUGGCUCGCUGGCAGUCACUGAGGCCGGGGCAGAGUGCCUCAACUGGGCAGAGUUCCCCGAUUAUGUUCAGCAGUACCCAGACCGUGGCUUGGGGGACCACAACCACUGCAGGAACCCAGAUGGGGGAACUACACCCUGGUGCUUCUACCGGCUUGCGUCAGGGGCCAUCGGCUGGGCUAACUGUGACUGUAACCAAGGUGCUGUGCGGUUGGCUGAAGAUAGCAGCGUGCAGCUGUACUUCAGUGGACUCUGGGGCACCAUCUGUGCUGACCACUGGACUGACUGGGAUGCCAGUGUUGUCUGCAGGCAACUAGGUCUCAGUGAGAUCGGCACAGCCGGGAAGAAGAGUCAUUCCGGACUGUGGCCUGUUCCCCUGCACCUGCAGUCAGCAAACUGCCAUGGGGAUGAGAAGGCCUUGCUGCAGUGUGGCUAUCGGGAAGCUGUGUCAGGAGCUUGUAACCAGGGGAGCGCCACGGUAAUGUGUGUCCCUCCAGAAGGUGUAGGUGCCCCGCUGCGUUUAGUUGGGGGAAAGGAGAGCUUUGAAGGGCGAGUGGAGGUUUACCAUGAUGGCAAGUGGGGUACCAUCUGUGACGACCAGUGGGACGACCGGGAUGCUGAAGUAGUUUGUAGGCAGCUGGGACUCAGUGGGAACCCAAAAGCCUUGUCAUGGGCUCACUAUGGGCAGGGGUCUGGCCCAAUCCUGCUGGAUGAAGUCGAGUGCUCAGGCAAUGAACUCUCACUUGACCAGUGCAAGAAGAGUGACUGGGGACAGCAGAACUGUGACCACAUUGAAGAUGCUGGGGUCUCCUGUGACCCUUUCACAGAGGGCAUGGUCAGACUGGCUGGUGGCCACAGUCCCAGUGAAGGCAGGGUAGAAGUUUAUUACAACGGAGACUGGGGCACAGUAUGCGAUGAUGGCUGGACAGACCUUGGUGCCCAGGUGGUCUGCAGGCAGCUGGGCUUCAGUGGUCCUGCUACCCUGGCCUCUGAAGGGGACUAUGCUGCUGGCCAAGGCUUUAUCUUACUGGAUGAUGUGGCUUGUCUGGGGACAGAGCUGUCCCUCCUGGACUGUCCCCACAGCAGCUGGGGACAGCACGACUGCUCACAUGCUGAGGAUGUGGGAGUCCGCUGUUCCCCUGAGAGGAACACCAUCAUGGAUGGCAGCCUGGGGCCUCCUGUGCGGCUGGUAGAUGGAGAAAGCACCAAGGAGGGACGGGUUGAGGUAUUUCUGAAUGGGCAGUGGGGCAGCAUCUGUGAUAAUGGCUGGACAGACAGAGAUGCUGCCGUAGUUUGCAGGCAACUAGGAUUCAGUGGUACAGCAAAAGCCAGGGCAAUGGCUUAUUUUGGUGAAGGCCAGGGGCCCAUCCAUCUGGACAACGUAGAAUGCAGUGGCACGGAGCACACCCUGGGGCAGUGUGUCAGGCCUCACACUGGGAUUGACAGCUGCUGGCACAGUGAGGAUGCUGGUGUGAUCUGUGACUAUGUGGAAGAGAAGGUCCAAGACAUCAGAAGAACAGGUCCAGAAUCUGGUGUGUGUGGGAUGCGCCUGCUUCACCGUCGCAAGAAAAGGAUCAUAGGUGGAAACAAGUCUCUCAGAGGCGGUUGGCCAUGGCAGGCCUCACUACGGUUGAAGGGUUUUCGUCGAGAUACUCGUCUACUGUGUGGAGCAACGCUGAUCAGCAGCUGCUGGGUAGUGACUGCAGCCCACUGCUUCAAAAGGUUUGGUGUUGAUGUGCGGCGCUACCUGCUGCGGGUGGGUGAUUACCACACCGGUGUGAAGGAUGAGUUUGAGAGGGAGCUGCCCGUGGAGCGGAUCGUCCUCCACAGGAACUACUGGGCUGGCAGCAACGAUAAUGACAUUGCCCUGGUCCGGAUGCGGGGCAGAGAGGAGCACUGUCUCUCCUUCAAUCACCACGUUCUGCCUGUCUGCUUGCCCGACAGGAAAGAGAAGUCUGACAUCAACAGGCAAGCUUGCAUCAUCUCCGGCUGGGGAGACACAGGGAAGUCCUAUUCGAGAACCCUGCUGCAGGGGGUGGUGCCUCUUCUCCCACGGGAAGACUGUGAGGUCCGUUAUGGGCAGAAGUUCACUAACCGCAUGAUUUGUGCUGGGAACCUCUCUGAAGAUAAGCGGGUGGACAGCUGCCAAGGUGACAGUGGGGGGCCACUCAUGUGUCAGAGGUCAAAUGGACGCUGGAUCAUUUUGGGGAUCACUUCCUGGGGUUACGGCUGUGGUCGGAAGGACUCCCCCGGUGUGUACACAAAGGUCAGCAAAUACGUGCCCUGGAUCAAGAAAGUGACCAAGCUAAAAUGAAAACAUCUGAGUUCUAGAAACUUCAGCGUAUGGUCCUUUUGCCCUGCAGCAGCAGAAAGCUGUGGCUUCUGACCUGUGACUGAUGGAGAUUUGUUUUGUCAUUGGACACUGGGAAAUGACGUUAACUUAGAACUGGGAGAAAACCAGAUAUGGCUGAUUCUUUAAAGUCUUUGGUUUCACUUUAGUCCAUAAUCUCUGAGCAGAGGAAGCAGGUGCACACCGGUAAGAAUGCUCUGACUAUCUGAGUCCUGUAAUGCAAUCACACUUGUCCCUUUGCCCCGGCACACAGAAAUGGUAGAAGUGGAGAGAGGCCUGCCUCUGUAAAUCUAUUCACAUUUUUCUAUGUUCGCUAAUGAAAAAAGCGGCAAGGAGAUGUGAGAUGCUUGGAAGAUGGUGCCUGGCUCUGGCAUAAUGGAAAUCUUCAGAUAUUUUUUCAUAACAGCUCUCUUCAAUUCCAGGAAUCGGAAGAUUUGACCUGAGCUGAGGAAUAGGCCAACAGUUGGGGUUUUUUUCCAUCCCUGUUAUGUCUCUAGGGGGAACCUUCUCUCUUCUGAAUAGUAUGUCUGUUCCCAUAUGAUCCCUUCAAAGUGUCUGUCCCUGCUAAGAGAUGCUUGCUCCUCCUGCUGUAAUCCUGUAUCACACAUUUCCAGCUGCCAGAUGCUGUGGUUUUAUUGCUGCUUUCUCCAUAUAGUGGUUCUUUUGUGUUUGUUUUUUUCUCCCUUAACGCAGAAUCUCCUAAAAUCAGUUGUUGGUGUGAGAGUAAAUCUUCAUUUUUAAGAGACAGUAGCUUUCUUGCCCUCGUGAUUACUACAAAGAACUUAAAAAUGUGACUUCAAAAGGCUGAAUUGACACAUUAUUUUUCUUUACAUCCAAAUGUAAUGUUAAUCUCAAACAUUCAGGCAUUGAGUCAUGAUUUAACAGCACUAUGGGGACUUUCUCUUGGUACCUGAUUCACUGUAGUUAUUAGCUGCUCUUUAUUUGUGAUGUUAAUCUUUAACAUCUCUGUGUUACAGUUCUCCUGUGAAACAUGGAAAUAAUCCUGGGGUAUAGAUACAGAACAAACACAGGCAGUGAGUAAUUUGCUUGAGGUGUAAAACAGUAAGUGUGCUGCAAAGCAGCUUCCCGCUUUCCCGAAGUGUGUCCUAUUCUUGCAGCCUCUGGGCUAUGCUUCCUCUCUUCUCUUCUUUUCACUAUUUCUCUUUUCAUUCCUCUCAGUGGGAGUAAACUGGCUUAACUCAAGGGUACGCAAGCAGUGCCAUCAAGCUGUAGUUCUCAGCCUGAACAGAAGUGAUGCUGAGAGAAAGCAGGGGUUGUUGAAUACUUCAAUUUCUUUCUUCCCUCUCAUCCAAACAAAUGAACAGAGUUCCCUCUUAGGCCUUAAUCACUUUUGCAAGUUAAUUUAUUAUUCUCAAGUAGGUAGGAAAAUAUAAAAAUAGACAUAAGGGCUAAGUGCAUUAACAGUUGUGCAGUGCACAGUGUGUUCUCUCUGUGUGUAGACAAGGCAGAGAGGAGGCAGGUCUGCUCAGGAGCGGAGGCUGUAAGACUUGAUGUAUAACCAAGGACCCAAAUGUGGAGUAGUAAUACAGAAUGGGACACAAGGAACGUGUGCCAGAUGUGCAUGUUUUGGGUUCACUCUUGCACUCAUGUAGGCUGGGCAAUGACUGGCUCAGGCACUGGCCUGCUGUGCAGAGGGUCUGCACUCAAGGCAUGGAGGUGUUCGGUACCUAGGUGUUACCAAGGCAAGAACAGAAGACGAAGCACAGCCUGUGGAUUAGCAAUGCCAUGUUACAGGGUAAGUGGUGACAGAGUCCUAGAAACUGCCUUGGAUUCAAUAAGUAGUGAUUGCCUGAAGGUUUAAUUUGUCUUCUAUAAAGCAGAUUAAUGUAAAGGUGCUGACCUGGCUAGAUGGCUGAUUUUUGUGUGUGAAUGCUAAACUAAAUAGUUCCAUUUACCCUCUCCAGGGAUUAUAGGGCAGUUGGGUUACCAAUGCUGCAAUGGACUGCAAUGGAAACUUCAUUUUAAAAACUACAAGAAUCCUGAAAACGUGCAAUGCCAGAAUGCCUGCAAACUGGCCUUUGAGACAGAUCUGAUCUGUUCAUGCCUCCUUUCAAGUGCUGAAUGUCUGCAGGGUAGCUUGUGCUGAUAGCCCGGCUUGAAGUGCCAGGCUUGAUCCUUGGGUAGGGCUGUGCUUGGCUCCACACUGGCUGUGUUGUCCUACGGCUGCUGGCAGAGAGUCCCUAAGACGCAAGCUGCAGACUGCUCCUUAUCUACCAGGAAUUAAAAUGACAGGAGGACCGAGGGCAAUUAUGUUACAGACCUCUGGUCUUGUGGGGGAUUAAAUGCCAAGUUCCACACUGGCAGCAACAGUACCUGUCUGGGAAACAUGGAGGGAUAUGGCUCUUACCUUCAGCCUCCCCCAAGCCAGCAUGCUACAGCAGCUCAAAUGGAGUUUCUGCGCCAUGGGUGCUGUCACAUCUCUAGUUUAACCUGGUUUGAUCUUUCAGCUUAUACCCAAAACCCCAACAGGCAUAGAAACACCCAAAGGAUUGAAGCUAUGAGGUUAUUUCCCUAAGCCUACUUAACUGGUUGCCAUUCAGGAGUUAGAAUAAAUUGCCAUGUAACAUGAGUGAGACACAGGCCUGGCAUUGUCUUCUGAAAACCCCAUGUUCUAGGUCAAAAUAUUUCUUUCUUUUAGACCUUGUCACCAUGAAAGCUGUGAGAAUCCUUGCAAGUAACAUCAUGUAAGUCCUGCCAUGAGCCAGGGAGAGGGAAAGAAGUAUCCGAUCUUCUUCGCCUAAUUUUACACCUUUCUGGUACUGUACGCAAGCCUGCAAUACUCUCCUCAGUUGUCCUAGCCUGUUUCAGAACACCACUAUUGCUCUUUACUGUUUAAACUGGGACUGUGGCCCAAACCAAACUCACGUGCUUUGCCACUAAAGCUUACUGGAACUGCCUGGUUGGAUGGGCAGCACUCAGCCACCCUAGGACUGUAUUUUGUACCUAAUGUUGGCCAGCAGCAUAUGUUUCAAAUGAUAGUACAUGUGAGUUUGUACUGAACAAGUUUUAAUAGCCUUUCCUUUUGGGGAGUUUUGUUCUUGGUCCAUUUAAAUUAAUUAGUUGCUUUACUACUAUUGUUAUUAAAAAUAGAAGUAGAAAUACUCAGUCCUCUGAGUGUUGUACAAACACUGCGCACUAUCCUUUUGUGAUUCUUCUUUUUCUAAAGCAUGAGAGUUUAUAUCCCUAACUUUUAAAAAACUAUUUAAUGUAACCAGCCUUCAUCUUCAAUAUAAACGUUUAAUCCCUUAUUUAAUCCAACUAAGCUCUCAGCCUCAAUGUUUUCUGGCAAUGAGAACCAAUAUAAUUUUAUUCUCUAUCGCACAUAAUUUCUUUUUACGGUUCCUGGAUUAAUUGCCUUUUGUUUUCAUUGAAUCCCAUCUGUCCUUGUGUUCUCAGCUGUGAGAGGAAAUAAGGGGCCUGGCUUUAUAUUCUCUGUUGUCCAUUACUCUAGAGACAGUCCCUUUUCUAAAACUGUGGCUUCUCUGUCUCUCUUCAACCCAAACUGUCUAGGUAUCUGAUAACAUGCCGACUGUCUGUCUUCUUUUUCUGCUGAAUCUUUAAGCUUUGGUAACCAGAACUGAAUGCAAUUUGCCAGGGGAGGCUGUGCCAUCUGCUGAUUAUUUUUGGUAUUGUUUUCUAUAGUAGGCAACGCUGUAGGUGAUUUCAGUACUGUAUGUUAUUAUGUAUGUAUGCUGGAGCUAGCUUUAAGCUUGCUAUUGCAGUCUUGGUGGCAGCCUAGCUACAAUGGCAUGAAACCUGGCCAAGGUUGAUUCCCUCCUUGUCUCAGGCAGCCCCUUGGAGCUCAGAGCGAUUGCUGUAGGAAUGUCUGGGGAGCGUAACGCAGCUCUGGGCAGGGAGUGCCUGAAGAGCUGUGUAGAGCUUGGCCUUGGCUGAGGUACCUGUAGGGCUGACACAGUCCUUUGCAGCAUUUCCAGUGCUGCACUGCCACGUGGAUGCUGUGAGACAAAUUCCCAUAAGCAGUGUGGCACAUGCUGGUUAUGUGAGAAAGGGAAUGUCACUAUUACCGGCUGGGAGCAUUGGCAGGAGUAGACACGUAGCUAUGGUAAGGGUCUAAGGAGCGGCUAUUAGUGUUCCAGGUAUCCCUCUGAGGGAAUACCCCAGUUCCCUACAAUGGCUGAGCCAGUGCUGGUGUCUUCCUUGACCUGCAGUGCCAGCACUGGUACUCUUCUGAGCCCUAUCUUGACACUACUCCAGGCUUUGGCCACCUGAAGCUGGAUUAAAGAUUUAUCCUUUUCCCAUAGCUGAACACUGUUCUGGUGAUUUCUAUGAAUUACGUUCUAUGCUGUAAUUAAUCAGGCAGCUGUUUAUUAACCUGGACAGGAUGUUGAUUACCCUUGUAAUCUUUGUACCCUUGUAGCAGAGAGCAACAGAUCAGUUCCUCAAAGGUAUUAGUGGAGGCAUUGGUGAGGAACCAGGUACAUGGAUAUUUGCUAUCGCAGGGGUAAGAGAGGUUGGCCUGCCUUUUGUCUGUCUGCCUUCCUUUCUGAAGCCAAUAUCCUGAAGUCUCUUCAUCCAAAAAAAAGCUGCGGUGAUCCAUCAACCGCUUGAAGACAGAUUUUUAUGUGUAUAUUCAGCAAUCAGAUGAAAGCUUUUGAGAGUUGAACUGCACUGUGGUAUUUAACACCAUCCUGAUAGACUCUCUGGGAGUUCCUUGCAGCUAGAGGGAACAGGAUGGGCUCUGGUGGUAACUGACUUGGGACUGCUCCUUGUGGAACGAGGCACUGUGACCUGGACCAAUGCACUUCUCUUGGGCUGUAUUUUUACUUCAGAAAAAUAUUUAAAUUCCUGCAUCAAGGAGAAACAGUUGUUUGUGUAGUAGCCCACUCAGUCCUAUUAAAAUCCCUUUCUAUUAACUAGGGGCUGAGUACCUCUGAAAUCAGUCAAGUGCCAAAACUAUUGUGUCCCCUGGAUCAACACCAAUGGCUCACAAGCUUUUCAAAACUAGCCUUGAAAGGAAGAAACGACUGCUUUGGAUCAGCUUUACCAAAAAGAAGCUGUGAAGCUGUGUUGCUCUGAUGUCAGCCAAGCAAAAAGCUUUGUUUCUCCUAUGUGUUUAUGUCUGUGCCGGCCUUCGUACAGACAUCAGGACAGCUGUGGCUCAAAGGGCUGAGCUGCAAGCAGGUGUAACUCAAUUCUGGGCUCAUGUUCAGUUGCUGCCCAACAGAAGAAACACAUGGGCAGGAAUUAAAAUUGCAGCAAAUUAAUCCUGCUGGGAAGCGUUUCCUGAGCAUGCUGAGAUUCCCAGCCCAUGCCAGCCCUGGGGUGCAGGAGCCAGCAGCAGGUACCUGUCAAAGGUUUCCACGAGAAGAGAUCAUGCAGGGGCUUGCUGUCAUGUAUGCCUGAUGUGCUGGCCCAGACAGUGGGUCCUCCUCACUGUGAAGAUAGGGAGUGUGGGAGAGAUUCACCGUGGCAAUGUAAUUGGACAACUCAGCUGAAACCACUUUAAAAGUUUGUACUUGUCUCUUACUUUCUUCUCGAAAGCAAACCAAAACCCCUUCAAACAACAAAUCCCUCUUUGCAGUUUAACUAAUCUGCUCUGCUUAAAACUGAGCUGUAUGCAAAGAAGAAACCAUGCUUCUAAAGGUUAGUUCCUUUCUUACUAUUUUCCCCCUCCCCGCUUGCACGUACAGGCUUGCUGGAGAUAAAGUAGGAUUACGACAUCCGAUUGCGGGAUGGAGACCUGUUUAAGAGCGGACACGUGUACUGUUCAGACUACUGAACACUCUGUGUUUUUUUAGAACCAGUAACCAAACACACUGGAGGAAAGCUCCUUUGCUUCAGGUUUACCAUUUCAUUAGCUCAGCAAGACUAAGAAGGAGACUCUGCAAUUCAGCACAACUAUACUGAGGCGUCAACAUUAACUCUCCAAAUAUUUAAACCACAGCUAGGUUGAUUAACACUUGAGAAAUCUUUGUUGUCCUACAAGGCUUGUCUCGCAGUUACAUGGGUUUAACAAUUUGGUUAAAUGGAUAGAACUUUGUUGUUGGCACUUGGGGGUGAUGCACUGUUUGAAUCAGAUGCCUCUGUUCAGCUGAGGCAGGAGCAUCCAUGCACAAGAUGCCUGAAGAAAUAAGCAAAGUGCUCACUAAAUUCCUACUGCUAUUACAUUUAACCAUCCUGAAUAAAUAUAAGUUGCUAGAUUUAGCACCAAAUGUGAUGACAGAAUUACACAAAUCUACUUUUCUUCCCUCAAGAAGACAUGGGAAAUUACCUUGAGAAAUGCAUUAAAGUUUUGUAUGGUAAGUUUUACAGGAAUUUGUCACAGCAUUUUGCAGGCGCACGGCUGAAAAUGAAGAUGUGCCUAAAAAGGCUAGUAGCCUCUGAGACAGCUCACAAACCAAACAGCUGCCAGUACCCACUGAAGGCUGGUCACCUACCUGGAGAAGAGAGCUGAAAAUAGAAGCAGCUGAUUUAAUCUGGGAUCCCAAGUCUCCUAAAGGAGGAGGAUCCUGUUCAAAGAGCUUGCUUCCCGAACACGUCAGGGCCAUGAGAUCUGCAGGUAAAAUAGAAUGAGGUGAACACUCUUUACCUAAAAGCAUCCAGAUAAUUGUAAGGAUCCAACUGAUUUGUUUUACAGAGCACAGUGCAGUAGGUCCUACUUGCUCAAAUAAGUAGGUCUAGGAGAAAAAAGAUAAAAUCUUUUCUC